AUGUCUUGGUUACCUGUAGAAUCUGAUCCUGGUGUUUUCACUGAGAUUAUACAACAAAUGCAAGUGAAAGGUGUGCAGGUUGAGGAAUUGUAUUCCUUGGACCUUGAUUCUCUGAAUGAAAUCAGACCUGUAUAUGGAUUGAUAUUGCUUUACAAGUGGCGUCCAGAGGAAAAGGAGAAUCGUGUUGUAAUCACGGAACCAAACCCGAAUUUCUUCUUUGCAAACCAGAUAAUCAACAAUGCUUGUGCGACCCAAGCGAUAUUAUCUGUCCUCAUGAACUCUUCGGCAAUCGAAAUUGGCUCGGAACUAUCAGAACUGAAAGAAUUCGCCAAAGACUUCCCACCUGAACUGAAAGGUUUAGCCAUCAACAACAACGAAGCAAUACGCGCAGCUCACAACACAUUUGCCAGGUCAGACACAUCUUCCACCACAGAAGAAGAAGAAUUAGUUGCUGCGAAAAACGAAGACAGCGAUGAUGAUGUGUACCAUUACAUCAGCUACUUACCUGUCGAUGGUAUCUUAUAUGAGCUCGAUGGUCUUAAAGAAGGACCCAUUAGUCUUGGGCAGUGUCUUGGUGAGCCAGGGGGAAUCGAAUGGCUCAAAAUGGUCCAACCUGUGGUACAAGAGCGGAUUGACCGGUAUUCACAGAACGAGAUUCGGUUUAGUCUCUUAGCUUUGGUUAAGAACAGAAAAGAGAUGUAUCAAGCUGAACUGAAAGAGUACCAAAUGAAGCGAGAGAGGAUUUUGCAGCAGGUAGGUAGUUUGCAAGCUGAUAAAUACGCCGAGAAAAGCAGUUACGAGGCUCUGGAUAAAUCUCUUUCGGAAGUCAAUAUUGGGAUCGAGACUGUUUCGCAGAAGAUUGUAAUGGAGGAAGAGAAGUCUAAGAAUUGGAAGAAAGAGAACAUCAGAAGGAAACAUAACUAUGUCCCUUUCCUCUUCAAUUUCCUCAAGAUUCUUGCAGACAAGAAGAAGCUGAGGCCUCUCAUUGACAAGGCUAAACGUAAUACCUAA